AAAGUCAACAGACUUCCGUCAAAGCAAAAAUGUCAGUCAAACCCGCCGUGGCCAAGCCGCCAUUAAUACACCACCAAUCAAACUCAACAGCCAAUCAAACUCACCACAACCAUGUCUACCUUCCUCCUCUCCAUCCUCUUCGCCUUCAUCCUCUCAAACCCGCCACCCUCCUCCGGCCAACAACUCUCCUCCUUCUCCUCCAAAGACUCCCCAUGGACUCCAUCCCAGAAGAACAAGACCCUCCUCUCCCCAAACUCCCUCUUCGCCGCCGGCUUCCUAAGCCUACCAAAUUCCUCCAACCUCUUCAACUUCUCAGUCUGGUACCACAACAUCUCCGCCCCCAACUCCGUCGUCUGGACCGCCAACCCAAAAUCCCCAUUAUCCCCCUCCGCAACCCUCGUUAUCACGGCAGCCGGCGUCCUCCGUCUCACUAACUCUUCCGCCGCCGCUGGCGGUGGCAACUUGUGGCCAGGACCUUCUUCUUCGAACCCAAAUACCACCAGACUCCUCCUCCGCAACGACGGAAACUUAAUUUACGGCAAAUGGGAGAGCUUCGCCUUCCCCACUGACACCGUGUUGCCGAACCAGAGCAUGACCGGAGCUAAUUUCACCCUCCUCUCCAAGAACGGCAAGUUCAGCGUCGUCAACGCGAGUAGUUUAGUCUUCAACGACACUGACGUCUAUCAGAGUCUCAGCCACGCUUUCGAGUCUCUGGACUCCGACGGCAAAGUGAUGCAGGCAAACGGCGAGUCGUUUAUCGCCUCCGAUUUCGGCCUCAAUCGAUCUCGAAGACUGACGAUCGACAACGACGGGAAUUUCAGAAUUUACAGCUUCGACCCCAGUCUGCGGCAAUGGAACAUCGUCUGGCAAGCCGGGUACGAAUUGUGCCAAGUCCACGGCACGUGCGGGCCGAACGCCAUCUGUGUCAGCGACGGUUCGAGCUCCUCUUACUGCGUGUGCCCGCCGGGAUUUAGAGAAUCCGCCGGCGGAAUCAAAGACGGAGGGUGCGAAAGGAAAAUUAAGCUCACGAAUUUGGGGAACACCAGAUUUGAGCGGCUUGAUUACGUGAAUUUCACGGGCGGGUCGAACCAGACCAAUUGGCCCGCCACCAAUUUCAGCGUCUGCGAAUCGAGAUGCCUGGCGAGAAACGAUUGCCUCGGAUUCAUGUUCAAAUACGACGGCAAAGGCUACUGCGUGCUCCAGCUCGAGAGAUUGUUAUACGGGUACUGGUCGCCCGGAUCCGAAACCGCUAUGUUUCUCCGGAUCGACAAAUCGGAGACUGACAGGUCGAAUUUUACAGGGAUGACGGAGCUGCUGGAGACGACGUGUCCCGUUCAGAUAAGCCUCCCGCUUCCGCCGGAGGAUUCGAACGCGACGACAAGGAACAUUGUGAUUAUAUGCACCCUUUUCGCGGCGGAGCUGAUUUCCGGCGUGCUUUUCUUCUGGGCAUUUAUAAAGAAGUACAUCAAGUACAGAGACAUGGCUCGGACUCUGGGUCUCGAGUUCCUCCCCGCCGGGGGCCCAAAGCGGUUCUCGUACGCUGAACUUAAAGCCGCCACCAAAGACUUCUCGAACCUCAUCGGCAAAGGCGGGUUUGGAGACGUUUACAAAGGCGAAUUAACCGAUCAGCGCGUCGUGGCGGUUAAGUGUUUGAAGCAUGUCACCGGCGGUGACGCGGAGUUCUGGGCGGAGGUAACGAUUAUUGCCCGGAUGCACCACCUCAAUUUGGUCAGACUUUGGGGCUUUUGCGCGGAAAAGGGUCAACGGAUCUUAGUCUAUGAGUACGUCCCAAAUGGAUCCCUCGACAAGUACCUCUUCCAACCGGGUCGGGUUACGCCGUCAGACUCGGCGGACGAAACGGAUAUUCUGAUCGAUGACGAGCGGAAACCGAUACUCGAUUGGGGGAUCCGAUACCGAAUUGCGUUGGGUGUUGCGAGAUCGAUCGCGUACCUCCACGAGGAGUGUUUGGAGUGGGUUUUGCACUGCGACAUCAAGCCGGAGAACAUUCUCUUGGGCGACGAUUUCUGCCCCAAGAUAUCGGAUUUCGGGCUGGCGAAGCUGAAGAAAAAGGAGGACAUGGUGACUAUAUCUCGGAUGCACGGGACCCGCGGGUACAUGGCGCCGGAGUGGAUCAAGGCGGACCAGAUCACGCCCAAGGCUGACGUGUACAGCUUCGGGAUGGUGCUGUUGGAACUGGUGAGUGGGGUCCGCAACACCGAGAUCCAAGGGUCGAGGAUCGAGAGCGACGACUGGUACUUUCCGAGAUGGGCGUUCGAUAAGGUGUUUAAGGAGAUGAACGUGGAGGAUAUUCUGGACCGUCGGAUCAAGAACUCGUACGAUAGCAGGGUGCAUUUCGAUGCGGUGAAUCGGAUGGUGCAGACGGCGAUGUGGUGCUUGCAGGAUCGGCCGGAGAUGCGGCCGUCGAUGGGGAAGGUGGCGAAGAUGUUGGAGGGGACGGUGGAUAUCACGGAGCCCAAAAAGCCCACCAUAUUUUUCCUCAGCGACGACUAGUCUCUGGAGUUGAAUAAUGUCGUUGUUGCCGGCGGCCCCUCGUUGGCGCCAUUUUUGUAUUUUGCUUCAAGUUGUUGUAUUUAAUAAUUUAUUUUCCUUGUAUAUUAUUGUAUUAUACUCAUUGGGCCCGCUUUGAUUUAGUUCCCAAACCCACAAUAGAUUGGGCCUUUGGAAUCUAGAAAUUAAAGAGUCCAAGAUCCGAUAACGUUUGUGACUCACAUUGUUAAAUAUUAGAAGGGGAUUGACGAGA